UUUAUUCAUUCUUCUUUUAAUUCUAUCAAUUUGCACUUAGCUCCGAGGACUACGGAAAUAACUGUAAAGGUCUUCUCCCAUACUCCACGAAUACCAUUGGGACCAUGAACUUUGACGAAGAUGUUCCUCCGGAGCUUGUCGAAACCGAGGCCGAGGCCCAGACCAAGGGCGACCCAGAUGAGGAGAAAGUCGUCAAGGUACCUAUCACCAUCGUCACAGGAUAUCUUGGAGCCGGAAAGACUACAUUACUCAACUACAUCCUAACUGCCCGUCAUGGGAAGAGAAUCGCGGUCAUAAUGAAUGAGUUUGGUGACUCACUUGAUAUCGAAAAGUCAUUAACAAUAAAUAAAGAAGGCGAACAAGUUGAGGAAUGGUUGGAUGUUGGCAACGGCUGCAUUUGUUGCUCUGUGAAGGACACCGGAGUAAAUGCUAUCGAAUCACUAAUGGAGAAAAAAGGCGCAUUCGAUUACAUCCUACUAGAAACCACUGGUCUGGCCGACCCAGGCAACCUAGCGCCCUUAUUCUGGGUAGAUGAUGGGCUCGGAAGCACCAUAUAUCUUGACGGCAUAGUCACACUAGUGGAUGCGAAGAAUAUCGUACGCAGCCUAGGUGACCCAUCCGGAAAAGUUGAAGGCCACGAUGAUCACCAUGGUCAUGGCCCCGUUAUGACGACUGCCCAUGUUCAGAUAUCCCAUGCAGAUGUCAUUGUCAUUAACAAAUCUGAUUUAGUUGAACUGGCCGAGCUCGAGAAUGUCAAGGAGCGAAUACAAGCAAUUAAUGGUCUUGCGAAAAUCCACGUAACAAAUCACAGUGUUGUGCCUCAAUUGGAGGGUUUCCUGCUGGAUUUACACGCAUACGAUCAAGUUGAGGCAUUGGAUACCACAGGAAAAGGACAUAGCCAUCUCGACCCUACUAUUUCCACAGUAUCUAUCAACGUACCACUCUUAGCCCCUGAGCAACUUAAGCAAGUCGAUAGUUGGCUUCGAUCGCUGCUAUGGGAAAGCGAGGUACCGGGAGAAACGAUCAGCGAGACAGGAUCUAUUGAAAUACAUCGCUUGAAAUCUCGCCUCGUAUUUCAGAAUGGCGAUGUGAAGAUGGUACAAGGUGUGAGAGAGGUAUUUGAGAUCUUCGAUGCAGAGCGAACGCCACAUAACGAAACCCCGCAGACGGGAAAAAUCGUCCUCAUCGGAAGAGGGGUGAAAGGAAUCGACUUCGAACGGAGUUUAUUAAAUGCACUCCAAGAUAGAUAGAACCACCAGAUAUCUUGAUAACACACAAUAAUCAACUAGGUCAAGAUACACGUAUGAUUACGCUGUCCAGAUAACUAGGAUCAGACCAGAAUUGCUAAUAGUGAUACCGCCAAGUAGAUUUGUAUGCUUCACCUUUAUGUCUAAUACGUAGAGGUAAGUUAGAAGAGCACAUAGACUCAUUUAUCCUAAUUCAAACCCUCUAG